AUGUAUAAUUCUCUUCUUGGUCUCGUUAACAAUCCUCAGGCUUCAGGGUUUACUGAUGUGGCUGAUGCAUGUUAUAUGCCGUCGACAUCGCCUAUUCCGUGUCCGGAUGCAUCUCGUUACGUGUUUUGGGACUUUGCCCACCCUAGCGAGAAGGCAUAUCAAACGAUUGCACCAAAGAUAAUAGAAGAACUCAAGGAGAAACUAGCAUGA